GGAUAUUCUGCUAGAGGUAUAAGAGUAGCUGGCCGUCGCAGGGAACUCAGCGUUCAAAACAAUCUACCGGAAUUGAAAGAACACAUUCAGUACAAUGUAUAUUUCCAAAAGUCUAUCUCUUCUUUCUAUCCCUUUCGCCCUUGGGGGCUUAGCAGCAGCUGGUGGCUGUGGCGAUGCUGAUGCCUGCGUUGGAACCGAAUAUUGCACAACUGCCACCUUCACUACUCCAAAGGCGACAACGAUAACAACUUGUGUUCCCACACCGACUUGCUUAGGGGUCUAUGCGGACUGUGUCUCUGGUGGUGGAGGCCCAGUUUGCUGCUCGACUUAUUGUGCAGCUACGAAGUGCCGUCCGACUGAUCCGAAAUGGCCUGGCUGCUCGGAGGAUCUGGGUGUUUGCUUGGCUGAUGAGAACUGCUGUUAUAACAAUAAGUGUGUCGAUGGUCUUUGCCGCAGGGUUAAAAAAGAAAAAAGGGCAGUAAUGUUUUGAACCAACGAUGGUCAGGGUGGAGAAAGAAUGAUGAUUUGCCAUGCAUGUUCUAG